CCGAGUUCACGGUGAUUAUCACCGCUUGCCAAAGGGUUGUCCGUACGGAAUCUCGUGCUCUACCUGAUCUCCGUUGGUCCCGUCCGGUUUCUUUUUCAGAGACCCGGGGUUAAGCGAUUAAGAAGAUUGUCUACCAAAUAUAGAACAGAAAAGAUUUACCCCACAGCCACUGGAGAAAAAGAAGAGAAUGUUAAAAAGAACAGAUAUAAGGACAUACUGCCAUUUGACCACAGCCGAGUUAAGCUGACCUUGAAGACUCCAUCUCAAGAUUCAGACUACAUCAAUGCAAAUUUUAUUAAGGGCGUCUAUGGGCCAAAAGCAUAUGUGGCAACCCAGGGGCCUUUAGCGAAUACGGUCAUAGACUUCUGGAGGAUGAUAUGGGAGUACAAUGUUGUGAUCAUCGUCAUGGCCUGUCGAGAAUUUGAGAUGGGAAGGAAAAAGUGUGAGCGAUAUUGGCCUUUGUAUGGAGAAGAUCCUAUAACGUUUGCACCAUUUAGAAUUUCCUGUGAAAAUGAGCAAGCAAGAACAGACUACUUCAUUCGGACACUUUUACUUGAGUUUCAAAAUGAGUCCCGCCGGCUCUAUCAGUUCCAUUAUGUGAACUGGCCAGACCACGAUGUUCCUUCUUCCUUCGAUUCUAUUCUGGACAUGAUAAGCUUGAUGCGGAAAUACCAGGAACAUGAGGAUGUGCCUAUUUGUAUUCAUUGCAGUGCAGGCUGUGGAAGAACAGGUGCUAUUUGUGCCAUAGAUUACACAUGGAACUUACUGAAAGCUGGGAAAAUUCCAGAGGAAUUUAAUGUAUUUAAUUUAAUACAAGAAAUGAGAACACAGAGGCACUCUGCAGUACAAACAAAGGAGCAAUAUGAGCUUGUUCAUAGAGCGAUUGCCCAACUGUUUGAAAAGCAGCUACAAGUCUAUGAAAUUCAUGCAGCACAGAAACUCGCUGAUGGUAAUGAAAUUACCCCUGGAAACAUGGUCAGCUCUGUUGAUAGUGAGAAACAAGACUCUCCUCCCCCAAAGCCACCACGGACUAGGAGUUGCCUUGUAGAAGGGGAUGCCAAGGAAGAGAUCCUGCAGCCGCCAGAACCUCACCCGGUGCCACCCAUCCUGACGCCCUCUCCCCCUUCGGCCUUUCCGACCGUUACUACUGUGUGGCAGGACAGUGACAGAUACCACCCAAAGCCAGUGUUACACGUGCUUUCAUCAGAACAGCAUUCAGCAGACCUCAACAGAAAUUACAAUAAAUCUUCAGACCUUACAGGGAAAAACGAAUCGCCUAUUGAACAUGUAGAUAAAAAAUUAGAGCGAAAUUUAAGUUUUGAGAUUAAGAAAGUUCCUCUCCAAGAGGGCCCCAAAAGUUUUGAUGGGAACACACUGUUGAAUAGGGGACAUGCGAUUAAAAUUAAAUCUGCUUCGUCGCCUAUGGUUGACAAAACCUCUAGGCCACAGGAGUUAAAUUCAGGUAAUCUAAAAGUUGAUGGUGUUUCUCAGAAUUCCUGUGUGGACUGCAGUGUGACAAAUUCAGACAGAGUCCCCGAGUCUUCAGAAGAGUCCCAGAACUCACACACACCACCACGGCCAGACCGCUUGCCUCUCGAGAAGACAGGACAUGUGACGUGGUCGUUUCACGGACCUGAGCACGCCACACCCGCAUCUGACUCAUCCGACGGCAAAUCCCCAGACAGCCAUCCUCAGCCUGUAAAGACCACGAGCUCAGCAGCAGCCUCUCCAGCAGACGCGGACACCCAGGAGCGCGUGGACCACCACAGCAGCUCGCCUCUGUUGAGAGCGCCCCUCAGCUUUACCAACCCCCUUCACUCUGACGACUCAGACUCAGAGGACAGGGACUCUGACGGUGCUGUGACCAAGAACAAGACGAGCAUUUCCACGGCAAGCGCCACCGUCUCUGCUGCCAGCAGUGCUGAGAGCAGCUCCACCAGGAAAGUGUUGCCCAUGUCCAUUGCUAGACAGAACGUGGCAGGAGCUGAAGAAGAUGUUGAUGUUAGCGAAGAGUCACCUCCUCCCCUACCUGAACGAACACCUGAGUCGUUUGUAUUAGCAAGUGAGCAUAAUGAAGGGGGCAUUCGCACAGAGGCGGGCACAGACUCUCCAUCUCCUUUGAGCGACAAGAAAGAUGAAGUCACAGAAAGUCUAACCGAAGCCACAGAUAUUGGUUUUGGCAAUCGCUGUGGAAAACCUAAAGGACCAAGAGAUCCACCUUCAGAAUGGACAUGAUUCAGGGAGUUAAAAGACACUUUAAAUUAUACUGGAAAAUUCAAGUGCCACUGAAGGCCAGAUUAUAGUAUUCCAUCUUUAAAAUGUGGGGCUAACAGCAGUGUAGAUCGUUACCUUGAUGUUGUUGCUGGGGCCAUCUACCUGCCUUAUACUACAUUUAGGAAAAGUAUUACCUAUUGUUUAUUUUGUAACUUCAAGUAUUAUUGCCUUAAUGUCUCCUAACCCUGUUACAAGCUGCUUGUAGACCUGUUAAUAUAGUAAUACUUUUAUGAUAAUUGCGUUAAAGGACUACUCUUUUGCUGUUUUAUCAUGUAUGCAUUAUUUUGUAUAUGUACAGGGCAAGUAGGUAUAUAAUUUGAUAAAGUUGAAGUCAUAAAAUAUUAUUAACAAGAUGUAAGAAUUUCUGCAUGGUCUAAGUCUUUGUGUACCUUAUUUGUAAAUUAUUUGCCCUGAAGUUUUAGAAACAGUUUCUGGAUUUUAAAAUUGCUGGUUUCAUGCAGCCAGCGCUGCAGGUUAUCAGAGAUCAAAGAUUGUAACAAUAAUGCAUUUUGUAAAUUGUGAGCAAGAAGUUAUUUUUAUAUUAUUACUGUCUAAUCGUUCGUCCUGAUGGGUCUUGUUUUCAUCUAGUCACAGAGAUUCAGUAAGUGCCUUGGAACAAUAUUGAAUUCUCUUAGCUUGUGUGUGUUACUUAAAUUUUGAAUUCAACUGGGAUUAGAAGACUAUCAGAAUAUAUGUAUGUUUCAGGAUAUUUGACCUAUUAAAAAACAGUUUUACAGUGCUA